AUGGACUCAGAGGAUUCUGGCUCGACCAGCAAGUUUGUCCCCGAGUACAGACGGACCAACUUCAAAAAUAAAGGGAGGUUCUCCGCGGAUGAGCUCAGAAGGAGAAGAGACACGCAGCAGAUCGAGCUGAGAAAGGCCAAGAGAGAUGAAGUGUUGGCGAAGAGGAGAAAUUUCGUGCCGCCCGUGGACGGUGUCGACUCCGAGGACGAGGAUGACAACAGCAACUCUGCAGACCAACAAUUUUACAGCCAGUUGCAACUGGAACUGCCACAGAUGAUCGAGCAAAUCCAGUCUGCAGACUUCCAAGAACAACUGGCCGCCACGGUAAAAUUCAGACAAAUCUUGUCCAGGGAGCACCGCCCGCCAAUUGACGUGGUCAUCCAGUCUGGUGUAGUCCCCAUUUUAGUCAACUUUAUGAACGAAAACCAGCCGGAGAUGUUGCAAUUGGAGGCAGCUUGGGCGCUUACCAACAUUGCAUCUGGGAGCUCUGACCAAACUAAAGUGGUCGUGGAGGCCGGAGCGGUGCCUCUGUUCAUUCAGUUGCUGUACAACCCAUCUGUGGAGGUCCAAGAACAAGCCAUUUGGGCUCUUGGUAACGUUGCCGGUGACUCUACAAGCUACAGAGACUACGUGCUCCAGUGUUCCGCCAUGGAACCAAUACUUGGUCUGUUCAACUCACCAAAGGUGUCUCUAAUUAGAACGGCGACUUGGACUUUGUCUAACCUGUGCAGAGGUAAAAAACCACAGCCAGACUGGACCAUCGUCUCACAGGCGCUCCCCAUUUUGGCCAAGUUGAUAUACUCGCUGGAUAACGAAACUUUGGUCGAUGCCUGCUGGGCCAUCUCUUACCUCUCCGAUGGACCUGCAGACGCCAUUCAAAAAGUUAUCGACAACAGAAUCCCAAAGAGACUCGUUGAACUUUUGGACCACUCUUCUACAACGGUUCAAACCCCAGCAUUGAGAGCCGUCGGGAAUAUCGUCACGGGUAACGAUUUGCAAACACAAGUUGUCAUCAACUGCGGUGUGUUGCCAGCGCUAAGAAACUUGUUAAACUCUCCAAAGGAAUCGAUUAAGAAGGAGGCGUGUUGGACCAUUUCCAACAUCACAGCGGGGAACACGGAACAGAUCCAAGCCGUCAUCGAUGCCAACCUCAUCCCAUCUCUCGUAAAACUGUUGAAGGUCGCAGACUACAAGACUCAAAAGGAGGCAUGCUGGGCCAUCUCCAACGCAUCCUCCGGUGGUCUACAGAAACCGGAAAUAAUCAGAUACCUCGUCUCCCAAGACUGUAUAAAGCCGUUGUGUGACCUGUUGGAGAUUGCCGACAAUAAAAUCAUAGAGGUUGCAUUGGACGCCCUGGAGAACAUACUAAAGAUGGGUGAGAGCGAUAAGGAGGCCCGUGGGUUGGUCAUCAACGAAAACGCGGACGCCAUCGAGAGGGUUGGUGGUAUGGAGAAGAUCUUCAACUUGCAACAGAACGAAAACGACAAGAUUUACGAAAAGGCUUUCAACAUUAUUGAAACCUACUUUGGUGCAGAGGACGAUGUCAUAGACGAGUCUGUCGCACCUCAAACCGCGGGGAACACAUUCGGGUUCGGAUCCAACGUGAACCAACAAUUUAAUUUCAACUAG